CGAGACGAUUCGAUAGUAUCGAGCUUUUUUGGCAGGUCGAAAGAAAGAUGUCCCUCGAUGGUAGAUUAGAAUGUUAUUAGUCAUUCGGUCUUGUGUUUGUAAGUAAAUAUCAGCUGGAUGUGCAAAGAAAAACAUAACGCGAUACCGUGACAUCGCGUAAUAGACAUAACUGUCGAACGUGCUUUCCUUCGUCAAGUUUACGAGGUAAAAUGGGCCUUUUCCAAACCUCCUCGCCUUUCGACGCUGACGUCGAAAAGGCAACCAGUGAGAAAAAUAUAUCCGAAGAAUGGGGAAAAAUAAUGGAUAUCUGUGACAAAGUAGGAACCUCGACUCAAAGUGCAAAGGAUUGUUUACGAUCAAUUGUCAAGAGACUAUAUUCUCCGGACCCCCACAUUGUUAUGCAAGCAUUAACACUGUUGGAUGCAUGUGUCAGCAAUUGUGGUAAAACAUUUCACUUGGAAAUUGCAUCGAGAGACUUUGAAACCGAUCUAAGAAAACUAGUUAAUCAUUCCCAGCCCAAAAUUGCAGAAAAAAUGAAAGGGCUUUUAAAAAAAUGGGCGGAAGGUGAUUUUAAAAGCGAUCCUCAAUUAAAUUUAAUUCCAAGCUUGUACAACAAAUUGAGAAACGAAGGCUACAAAUUCACUACUCUGCAAGAUAUGAAAAGCCUACUACGUAAAAAUCCAAAUGUAGCAACAAAUUCGCAGGAAGAAGAAGAUCUUGCAAAAGCCAUUCAACUUUCACUGAAAGAGACUAAAACUCAGAGUCAAGCAUCUUCUUUGCAUAGUUCGCCGGCAUCCAAAAUGAGUACCAGUUUAUAUCCCAGUGUAAGCUCAGCGCUUGGCACUUCGAGCAAUUCUGAAGGCAGGAAGGUCUGCGCUUUGUACGAUUUUGAGGCGGCGGAAGAUAACGAAUUAACAUUCUUAGCAGGGGAAAUAAUUAACAUCUUGGACGAUUCUGAUCCAAAUUGGUGGAAAGGCAGUAAUCAUAGGGGGGAAGGACUUUUUCCCUCUAAUUUUGUUACCGCGGAUUUAUCCGUAGAACCUGAACAGUUCAUAAAGUUAGACUUCCCUAACAAAAAAAUGGUUCAAUUUGCCGAAGAAGUUGAAGUAAAAACAGUAAAGAGAGAACCAGAAGUGAUCGAGGUUGAAAUAGAUGAAAGAAAAAUGGAUAAACUUUUACAUCUAUUACACGAAGCAGAUCCUCAGUGUGACACAUCUGAUCCACAAGAGAUGCUCGAUUUGGAAGAACAAGUUACCGCGAUGGGGCCGCUAAUUGACGCAGCGUUAGAAAAAGUCGAUAGGAGGCACGCGCAGCUGACUCAAUUAAGUUCUGAUUUGGUAGAUGCACUUAAUUUAUAUCAUACAUUGAUGCGAGAACCUCCACCCCCUACAUCAUCUAAUUACACCCUACCUAAGAUGCCACUGCACAUAAACCCAUAUCAAUUCCCGGCUCAAGGACCACCACCUCAGCAUAUGUUCAAUGGGGUACCUCCGCCUCAUCAGUCUUUUCCUGUCGGGAGUGGUCCAUCCGGACCAUACGUUACCAAUAAUUCAACCAGUGAAUACAUGGGUCCUGCUAGCAUACCGAACAUGACGUUACCCCAACAUUUCCACGUGCAAUCAGGCCCACAUCAGCAUCCACCAGGACAUCCUCAGGGUCCACCAGUACUAGAGCAUAAUAGCCUUCCUUAUUCUCAUCAAGGAUUUCCACCUCAAACUGGUUCUAUGCCAGGACCCUAUGGUCCACCAGGGCCUACAGGACCUUCAGUAAAUCAGCAGUCUCAGUAUGCUCCUCCGAAUGGACAACAUAUGAUGUAGAGGGAUGCCAUGUUUCAAACUCACCCUGUACUCUAAUUCAAGCUGUACAAUAUUACUAUAUUAUAAUUAUUUAAAUAAACAUACCCGAAGUAGCCAAAGAUACUGGGCUUUUGAUGGAAAUUUUGCAUUCGAAGAUUAUUUUUUAAGCUGAUUAUGUAGGCGCAUACACGUCAGAUUUAAAGUACAUUAGAGAAUGACGAUUUACUUUAUUAAUCUCAGAUUAAUUGCUACUAAUAUGUUGUUUAAUAUCUCGUUGUUUAAAACAACCUCAACACGCUUUUUCGGCCUGAUUCGGCGUAUAAUAUUUUAUUUUAAGAAUAUUAUUAUAACUUAUAAAAUUUAAAAUUAAAAUGAAAAACGAAGUGAAAUAUGACUAUUAUAACAUGUAAAUCUUAAGUUUGUGGCAAAAUGUCGCGCGAUAGUUUUUGUCACUCGUUUAUAAUAAAUUGUGUACAGUUCGUCGUACGUUUGUAAUAAAGUUAUAAGUGUUAUACUAUCAUUUACGAUAUACAUAAUUACAUUAGAACAUAAAACUCUACGGCAAACGUUGAAGACUGUGUCAAAAGCAUGCCCGUAUUUUAUAGUUUUUUACCGUCAUUCAUUCUCAACAAAUAACUAAACGAGCCUUGAAAUACAAUUGUUGCAACAUACGAGGAUCUUUUCUUUAAAUAAAAUACGCGUAGCUUUAAAAGCUGCACGAAUUGAAUAUCGUUGACUUAAAACGUAAAACUAUUAUCACAACAAGAUGUUUCAACUUGAUCUAGUCUGUCCACUGUGUAUAAUAAAUCUAUUUCCUAUUAAUUGUUUAAUGAGGUGAACUACGAGGACAUUCUAUGAAUUGUUAAUGCAUAAUACUCGCAUAGUUGCGUUUAUAACUUAAAAAAAGAAGAACAAAAGGAGAUAACGACUGUAUUCUUUUAAAAUUAUCUUGAAGUGAGAUACAAAGCAAGAGAACUCGAAAUUAGAAUAAGUUGAUUCUCAAGAGUUUCUUUACUCGGCCUUUAUUUUGAAUUUACGAUCGAAGUUUAUAUCUAGAAAUUGAAAUAUAAUGUUAUUUGUUGAUAAUAUUAUUAAGAAACGAAAUAACAAAUGUUGGCAUCGAUUCAAUAAGUAAUUGUUAUAAUAUGAUUCAGGAUUUACUGAAUUACGAAUAUGAGGGUUUAUUAAGGGAAACAGUAAUUCUGAUAAAUCAUUUUGUUCUUGGCUCAGGAAAUUGCAGCGUAUAGAUCGAAUGUAUGAUGAACAAAGAUUUUAUGUAAAUUAUUUGCUAAUAACAUUUAAAGAACAAGAUAUUAAAACAGAACG